AUGGGCCUCCCACAACAACCCACCGAGCAUGCCCAGUCUCAUCCAGACUCGACCACUUCACCACAACCACAACCCGGCAAACCUCAACUCCCACCGGAAGCCCUCGACCUCGCCAGCAAGAUCUUCGACUUCGCCCGCGAAGGCAAGGUCGCCGAGCUCCGGCAGUAUCUCACUGCUGGAAUACCCCCGAACCUCACCAACCACAAAGGCGACACCUUGAUAAUGCUCGCCGCAUACCACGGACAUCUCGAAGCGGUGGAGAUGUUGCUCGAAAAAGGUGCAGACAUGGACGUACUGAACGGUCGAGGGCAGAGUCCGAUAGCUGGCGCGGUAUUCAAAGGUUACGAUGAAAUUGUGAAAGCGAUGGCGGAAAGAGGUGCAGAUCUGGCUGCAGGACAGCCAAAUGCGAUUGAGGCGGCGAGGAUGUUUCAUAGGACGGAGAUGUUGAGGUUGUUCAGGGUGGAUGAAGAGGCGAGUUGA